AUGUUUGAAAUGUCGCUAUACGCCGUCAAGGCAUUUCUGAUUCUGGACAAUGAGGGCAAGCGCGUGUUUGCCAAGUAUUACCGAGCCCCACACGAUUCUAGUGCCAUUGCGCCGGUUGGCAAGACAGCUGCAGCCUCGGAACCCAAGAGCGAGACUGGUCCACACCAUCAAACAACCACUGAUCUUGCUCAGGUUGUGAAGGAGCAGCGAACGUUUGAGCAAGGAUUAUUUAAGAAGACUUAUAAGCAGGGUGCUGAUGUUGUACUGUAUGAGGAUUGUGUGGUUGCAUACAAACAAGUUGCUGAUGUGACAUUGUAUGUUGUUGGGAAUGGUGUUGAUGAGAAUGAAGUUUUGUUGUAUCAGGCACUGGCUGGAAUUCAUGAUGCACUUGCACACUUGGUUCGGGUGGCAGUUGAUAAGCGAGCGUUAUUGGAGAAUUAUGAUUUGUUGUCACUUGUUGUGGAUGAAGCUAUUGACUCUGGGGUUGUGUUGGAGGUUAAUCCUGCAGUUUUGGAAUCGCGGGUAUCUAGGGCUCCUACAGCUGAGGCAACAAGUUUGUCUAACAUUGAGUUAUCUGAACAGGGACUUUUGAGUGCAUAUCAGUUUGCACGUGGCAAGUUAUCUGAGCGGUUACGAGCGCAGUUUCAGUAG